GGCUAGCUACGGGAAACGAAAACGGAAGUAAGCUGCAGUGACUGCUCUCUCCUCGCGUUAAGCCUCUCUGUCUCCGUGAGGCUUCAGGAUGGUCGUGUUAAAGGGGGUCCCCUCUGUUUUAUCACCUGAACUACUGUACGCGCUCGCUAAAAUGGGCCACGGCGAUGAACUGGUUCUUGCUGAUGCAAACUUUCCAUCAUCUUCCAUUUGUGCUUGUGGUCCAACAGAGAUAAGAGCUGAUGGUUUGGGAAUCCCACAGCUUUUGGAGGCCAUUUUAAAGCUGUUGCCACUAGAUACCUACGUCCCCUCUCCGGCCGCAGUCAUGGAUCUGGUAGACAGUGACAAACUGAGGUCUUUACCUGUCCCUGUGUGGGACACCUACAACACACUCCUACAUCAGGCUGGGUCUGCGGCUCCGCUUGAGAAGGUGGAAAGGUUUGCUUUCUAUGAACGAGCCAAGAAAGCCUACGCUGUUGUGGCAACAGGGGAGACAGCUCUGUAUGGUAACCUGAUACUGAAGAAGGGGGUCAUUCCUCAAGAGCUGUAAAUUCACAGUUGUUUUAUAUGUAAUUAAUACUGUAAAUAUGAUCUCAUUAAUCUCCAGUUUACACUGAGCAGAAUGAUUUUGUACUUUAUAAAUAACUGCUUUGUACAUACAUUUCAAUAAAACACAUGGAGUCCCUGA